GUUUAUGCUGUGAAUGAUGACUUAGAUAAAACAUAAAACAGAGAGAAUUCUUUACUAUAUGGAUGGAUGGAUAAAUAGAGCAGUCCAUGGUAAAUUAAUACGAUUAAGCAUCGUAAGAAAUACACAAUAUGAAUACACCAUUUGAUUCAUUUUUAGCGCCCUAGGGUAAAAAGUAAAAAGACGAGUAAAAACAUGCGCAAAACAAGUAAGUUAUAAUAACAGAACGGAGAGUUAACAACAUUGUACCAUCUCUGCGAUUGAAGACUCUAUAUAUACCGGAAAAAAGCGGUUGAAACCGGUCAAAACAUCUUUCUCGAACUUUCUUUGCCAUACCUGUCCACGUAAAUACAACAAACUAGCCACACCUGAGUGAGUGAUUGGCUGAAAGUUGAGGACCCUCCCUCGCAGUUCCCGAUCUGUCGAGGCACUUUUCCUCAAAUUAUACCAGUGACAAGACAAAGUAAAGCUCGCUAAAUAUGAAUGGCUUCUUCACGAUACUAGCAACUCUUGUUAUCGCAGGUGUUGUGAGCGCCCGUGAGGAAGUGGAGGGAAGGUGGGGAGAGAAAAUAGUGCUACUCGACGAGAAAUCUGGAUUUAAUUUCAGUCGAGUGGCACUAUAUGAAUUAAGUACAGACUGCGAACAGCUGAGGAGAGAGAUCUUCAACUACUGUUCCGCUAAAGAGAAGGAGUCUGGAUGUGCCGAAAAGAGCUGCUCCACAUUUUCAUUCGACAUUGGGGAGAAGAGUGUCUCUGUAACUCCACUUAAUAAUGCGAGUGAUGGAUGUUACCGUGCCAAAAUUUUUGCCAACGACGUGGUAGAGAAAACAUUGAUCAUCAAAGCCAAUGGUCCACUGCUCAGUACCCCCAGCCCAGAAUCAGAUCCUCCAUCAUGGGAGCCUACUGAAUCCUAUUCCACCAAAGGCAGAGACCCACCUGAGACAGAAUCCUAUUCUACCAAAGCCACAGACCCACCUGAGACAAAUGGCAUGUCAUGGGGCACCGCAGUGGGCAUCGCAGUGGGCAUCGCAGCGGUCAUUGCAGUGGUCAUCCCAGGGGUCAUUUUAAUUUGCCGCAGGUGUAAAAAGAACAAGCACAAACAGUCUGAAGCUGGUGAUGAUGCAGGGGAUUCAGAGGAGAACAAUUCUCACAGAGAAAGCAUCAGUGGAGCAGGUGAACAGACUACAGGUGAAUCUUUCAGGAUGGAGGACGGGAUACUUCGUUCGGCAGAUGAAGACAGUCUAAGUGAGGUCCUGAUAGAUAAUACAUCGACGGGACAAGAAAGUGGAAGACCUGGACAGCAUGUGCAGCAUAAUAACUAUAGAGAUUUUGAGAAUUAUUGUAAUAGAAAAAAUAAAAAUGAUUAUGAAGAUAGUAAUGAUGAUAGUAAUUAUUAUAGUAAUGAUGAUAGUAAAAAUAUUCCCAAUAGUGGUGGUGAUGAUGAUGAUGAUGAUGAUAAUAGUGAUGGUGGUGAUGAUGAUGAUGAUGAAAAUAGUGGUGGUGGUAGUGAUGAUGAUGAUGAUGAUAGUGGUGGUGACGGUGAUGAUAAUGAUUGUAAUAAACCACUUAAGUGGUAAUAUAAGUAUGUGUAAAGAAAAAUACUUGCAAUAAAAAAUAAUUAAACACUAUAAUUCAUUGUAACA